GCGACCGAGGCUGCGGCGGCCGCCGCCACGCGGGGCCGAGGACCCCCCCCGGCAUCGUGAGGAGCGGGCGGGCCCGCAUGGCGGGGGUGCGAGGGGCCGCCGGUUGAGCUCGGCCGCCGCCGCCUCCUCCUCCUCCUCCUCCUCGUCCUCCUCCUCGCUCCUCCUGCUCCAGGCGCGAUGUCGAAUCCCGGUACCCGCCGGAACGGAUCCAGCAUCAAGAUCCGCCUCACAGUAUUAUGUGCCAAGAAUCUUGCAAAGAAAGAUUUCUUCAGACUUCCUGACCCAUUUGCAAAAAUAGUUGUGGAUGGGUCGGGUCAGUGCCAUUCCACUGACACUGUGAAGAACACGUUGGACCCCAAAUGGAACCAGCAUUACGAUCUAUACGUUGGGAAAACGGAUUCCAUAACCAUCAGUGUAUGGAACCAUAAAAAAAUCCAUAAGAAACAGGGAGCUGGCUUCCUGGGGUGUGUCCGACUCCUCUCCAAUGCCAUCAGCAGGCUAAAAGAUACUGGAUACCAGCGUUUGGAUCUAUGCAAACUCAACCCCACGGACACCGAUGCUGUCCGAGGCCAAAUAGUGGUCAGUUUACAGACACGGGACAGAAUAGGCACAGGAGGUUCUGUAGUAGACUGCAGAGGGCUUUUGGAGAAUGAAGGUUUCCCCAUUUUCAGAACGGUCUAUGAAGACUCCGGGCCGGGGAGGCCGCUGAGCUGCUUCCUGGAGGAGCCGGCGCCCUACACGGACACGACGGGAGCGGCCGGAGGAGGCGGCUGCCGCUUUGGGGAGUCCCCCAGCCAGGAGCAGCGGCUGCAGGCGCAGCGGCUCCGCACCCCCGACCUCCGAGCGCACGCCCAGACCCCCCAGAACCGGCCCCACGGGCACCAAUCGCCAGAGCUGCCCGAGGGCUACGAGCAAAGAACAACGGUACAGGGACAGGUUUAUUUUUUGCACACACAGACUGGAGUUAGCACAUGGCAUGACCCAAGGAUACCAAGAGACCUUAACAGUGUGAAUUGUGAUGAACUGGGACCUCUGCCCCCAGGCUGGGAAGUCAGAAGUACAGUUUCAGGAAGAAUAUAUUUUGUAGAUCACAACAACAGAACCACACAGUUCACAGAUCCACGACUACAUCACAUCAUGAACCAUCAAUGCCAGCUGAAAGAGCCCAGCCAGCAGCCUUUGCCAGCUCCAAAUGAGGGGUCCCUGGAAGAGGGGGAGGAGUUGCCUGCACAGAGAUACGAGAGAGACUUGGUACAAAAGUUGAAAGUCCUUAGACAUGAGCUCUCCCUUCAGCAGCCUCAGGCUGGUCACUGUCGGAUUGAAGUAUCCAGAGAGGAAAUAUUUGAGGAGUCCUACCGUCAGAUAAUGAAGAUGAGGCCAAAGGACUUGAAAAAGAGGCUCAUGGUGAAAUUCCGAGGAGAGGAAGGCCUGGACUAUGGAGGAGUAGCAAGAGAGUGGUUGUAUUUACUGUGCCAUGAAAUGUUGAAUCCCUAUUAUGGACUCUUCCAGUACUCCACAGAUAAUAUUUACAUGCUGCAAAUCAAUCCAGACUCUUCUAUCAAUCCUGACCAUUUGUCUUAUUUCCACUUUGUGGGGCGGAUAAUGGGUCUGGCUGUGUUCCAUGGACACUACAUCAACGGGGGGUUCACCGUGCCCUUUUACAAGCAGCUCCUGGGGAAGCCCAUCCAGCUCUCCGACCUGGAGUCUGUCGACCCAGAACUACACAAAAGCUUAGUCUGGAUCUUGGAGAAUGACAUCACGCCCGUCCUGGACCAUACGUUCUGUGUGGAACACAACGCUUUUGGGAGGAUUUUACAGCACGAGCUCAAACCAAAUGGCAGGAAUAUUCCAGUGACAGAAGAGAACAAGAAAGAAUAUGUCAGGUUGUACGUGAACUGGCGGUUUAUGAGGGGAAUAGAGGCACAGUUCCUGGCUCUGCAGAAAGGUUUUAAUGAACUUAUUCCUCAACAUCUCCUUAAGCCUUUCGACCAGAAGGAACUCGAGCUCAUCAUAGGAGGGCUGGAUAAGAUAGACCUGAACGACUGGAAGUCCAACACCCGCCUAAAGCACUGCAUGGCCGACAGCAACAUCGUGAAGUGGUUCUGGCAGGCGGUGGAAACCUUUGAUGAGGAGAGGAGGGCCAGGCUGCUGCAGUUCGUGACGGGGUCGACGCGUGUCCCACUUCAAGGUUUCAAGGCUUUACAAGGUUCUACAGGCGCUGCAGGACCCAGACUGUUUACCAUCCAUUUAAUAGAUGCAAACACAGACAACCUUCCAAAAGCCCACACUUGCUUUAACCGGAUCGACAUUCCGCCUUACGAGUCAUACGAGAAGCUUUAUGAGAAGCUGUUGACAGCUGUGGAAGAGACAUGUGGGUUUGCUGUGGAGUGAAAAAAGCAACCAAAGGAAACAGAUGCUAGCUCAUGGACCACCAAAUCAAAAGCUAGAAGAAGCUUGCUGUGAACUUCCUGCUAAGCUGUCUGAAGCAUCAGAACUCUGACAACUUAGAGAUCGGGCUGUUUCCCUUCCGCCGCUGGUGGAUGAGGGGUGGGGGGUCGGGCCUUUUGUUGGUGGUUCCCAACUCUGUUUUCUCCCCUUUGUUACAAUAACCCCUUCCCUCUUCUUCCAUCCCUCCCCCCCCCCAAACGAAAUGCAGCCAAGUUCAGCAUUUGGCUUUGGUUACACAGGAUAUUCUGCUAGAUUUGUAACACAUAUUGUGAUAGGGUGAGCGACCUGUGGGGUUUUUUUAAUAGGAGAAUCAAAGUGUAAUUAGGAAUGAGCUUAAUUUGCUGAGAACUUGCAACCGGUAGGUGCACCUGGUUAGUUUUGUCUUAAAUCAAACUUGAGCCUUUGUAGAGUCCAGCAGGUGCAGAGUGUCUGACUGGCACCAGAAUUCGCAUUGCACAUUUUAAACACCUGUUGAAAAAGUGAAAAACUUCUAGCAGAAAAUACCUCCAUAUGAACACUUAACUGAAAGGUAAAGAAAUCCAAGUUCUGCCUUAGCAGGAAGCUCCCAGUGGAAGCUGUGGCUCACCUUGAGAAAAGUGAAGGAAUCUGAGACAGCUUAAAUGGUAUUGAGUGGUGUCUUUUUGGUUGUCCUGGCUGAAAUCUGAUUGUUUUGCACAUGAAAACAAUUAAUUUCCUCCUGCAGAAUUACUUUCCAUAGUUCAUUCAGAAGUAAGUAGCUUGCAGAGAAGCCUUGUGAGGAGGAGACAGAGGGUGAAGAUCCGUUCAGCCCCAAAGCUGUGAUUUCUGUGCCACUCUUUUACCCCAGAUGUGUUUGCCUGACUUUUAAAUUCCGAGACUCACAUGGAAAUCACUAAAAGCCGAGUUAACAGAGCAAACUUCUGCUGCAAAUUUUCUGGCCUUGGGAAAGGUUUAUUUGGAGGUUGAGGUGAAAGGGGAACCAUGUAGUGAGUCCAUUUGAAGUGUUGUGGAAAGCUAUUGGAAGAAUUUAUGACUUCAGUUCUGUAGGGAUGAAAAUUUCUCCAGAGAGCCAUAUAAGGCUAUUUUUUCAAAUAUCUGAAACUAAUAUUAAAAGGUUUGUUCUCUUAACACGGGGGAAACAAAAGCAAAUCAAAUACCUGAAUCACUAACAUUUUUUUUCCACUUUGCACACCAAGAUGAGACAGUAUUUUAACAAAUAACACGGCUUCAGAGAGACCCAGUUAUCUGUCAAACAUGUCUAAACCUAAGUCAAGCAGACUUGCUCGUAUAGGAUUUUUUUUUUCUUUGGCAAGCCUGAUAUUUAGAGAGAUUCAUUACUGAACCAUUUAACAGAUGUUAUGUUUAUGGAAUAGUGCAUUGAAAUUCAGCUGUGGGUAAGAGAUCGUUCUUAGGAGACGUCUACUGGAAUACUUCUAUUUUGUCUUUUUUUUUAAUUGAAUUUGAUAAUAGCUUUAAACUGUGAUAGGACAGAAAGUAGACACGUGUCAAAACCCUGGCAUCGUUCUGUUUUGUUUGUUUGUGGUUUUCCUUUUGCCAUUGACCAUAAUUCUUGUGAUUUGCUGUUGGGAGUAAGGGUUGCAUCGGAGGUGUGAGAUUGUACCAAGCAGUGAGAUUUGCAGGGGGUGGCUCAAGAUGCUCAUCCUGCAAGACUCUACAGGAGAGGCCUGUUCAGACCCUUGUUCUGUAGGGGAUCUUUUGGCACUUGGGGACCAGUUUCUGCAGUUCUGGUUGUCGGGACGUAAAUGGAACUACACAACUCUUGCAGAGAAGAGAGGAGAUGCAGCUGUGGCAUCAGGUGGAGUAGCAGAGUCCCCACAGCCCGAGCUUUUCCAAAUGGCUUGGAAGCCAGACCUGUUCAUAGGGUGUAUUUAAUCUUUUCAGUACGUUUGAAUGUGCAAUAAACCAGUCAGAUAGGAAAAAAUGCAAAAUGGAUUAUUGCCCAAAAGCUUUGCAUGCAGUCUCAUGUGGAUUUGUCACUAAAAGAGUUUAAAAAAAAAAAAGACCCCAAACCCAGAUACUAAAGGCCAGCCCUAACAAAAAUCCUAUCACACAAAGCUCUACCUGCAGCUCAGCUGGCUCAGUGCAAACCAAGCGAGGUGAAGGGAAAAGGCCCUUGAUUUGGAGAUCUGUAGGUCAAGUAGCUUUAUGUCAGCGACACAGUUGACAUACGGUAGUUCCUAAUGUCUUUGCUAGGUCAGUGUUUUAUUGAAUGCACAAAAUAAGAUUAGGCAAGGAUCGUUGUUCCGAAAAGUCCGUCUGUUUUUUUGCUGUGUUUUAAAGCCCUUGUCGAGGUACCUCCUCCGUGCUGACGGCGACGAGAACGGGGCGCUGUCUUUUUGAUUAUUUCAGUUCUCUUUCCAACAGCUUCACCACCUCUCCCAUCGUGUUGUCUUUGCAAUUUCGUGCCACUUCAGCGACGAUGACGACGACAUUCCCUGUCCUGUCCUGUACGUGCGUUCGAGGCAGGCCUUAAAGCUGGUUGGGUGGAUGGAGGAGCAGCGAGAAGCGAGGUUUGGAGCCACGGCUUGUGCUUCCUGUGGCCAGUUCCAGGGCCAGGGAAGGACGGGAUGCAAACAGGAGUUUGUGUGGCUCGGGUAACCUCAGCUGCCUGAAUUGGUGUGUCCAUUCCCACUCGGUCUGCCAGCACUUGAACUGGUUGUAAACUUCUCAAACUUGCCCAAAGAAUAACAUCGAGUCCGGUGUCCAUUCUGUCAUUCCACGUCCCACCUUGUGCGCGGGUGCUCUUGGAUCUGACCCGAAGGGAAUACGAGGUACAGCGUGUCUGUCGUUCCUGUCCUCACGGCAAACCCAGCAGCUGCCGUGCCCUGAUCCUGCUCCUCAGCCUUUACUCUACGCUCAGGGAUGUAGGAAAAAACCCCCACUCUGCUCGUGUUUCCAGCCGGGGAGAAACGAGACUGUCGGAUGGGUGUGAGUGUUCACUUGGGCAUUACGUCAGAGGAGACCCCGCUCCACAAAGGCUGCUCCAGGCUCCGGGCGGUGCGACCGGCGCUCGCUCAGCAGUUUGGCCUCACUUCGAGUUCGAGGUGGUUCCAAAAUCCAGCAGAUUCCGUAAAUUACUGAUCCAGCCACCGGGCCCCUCUGGAGCCGGUGCCCAGGUUCAGGGCCGUGUGGUACAGCAAGUUCCCAGAAACACAGUAUGGAUCUGGUUUUAAUUUGUUAAUUUUUGUUGUUGUUGUUGUUGUUCCUCGACCACUUUAUAAUGUAUUUUUUUAAUUUAUUAUUAUUUUGUAAUGUCAUGUUUUAAGUAUUGCUGCUAUCCUUGUUAUUCUUCCCACUGUUUUUAUUGCAGAUUUAUUUUGUGAAAGUUGUACACUAAUGUUUCAUUUUAUGUCUAAAUCAAAGUAUUUAAAGAAAUACUAGUUCUAUUUAAUGUGGUUAUGGAACCAGCUGGAAUAAACAGUGAUUGUAUAGUAGGCUGGACCCAGGAGGUCAUGUUCAUUUUUGUUACAUAUGCAAUAAACUCACAACUUUAAACUCUUGCUA